AUGGCGGAUUAUAGUCCUAAUAUUCGGGAUGAGAUUCAAAGAGCAUAUCUACAAAAGGGACCUUGUCAACCUAGAAGUUAUAAAUUCCCACAAACUAAUCAAUCAGGAAUUAAUAGACGCUUCAUUGCUAAUUGGUUUGAUGAUCAUGAUUGGUUGGAAUAUAGUAUUGCUAAAGAUGCUGCAUUUUGUCUUCAUUGUUAUCUCUUCAAAUCAAAUUUUGAUCAAGUGGGUGGUGAUGCAUUCACUGGGGUAGGCUUCAAUAAUUGGAAGAAGGCGAAAGAAAGAUUUAAUCUUCAUGUUGGACCGGUUGGUAGUGUUCACAACCAAGCUAGAGAAGUUGCUUACAAUUUGAUGCAUCAAACUACACACAUUGAAACAAUUGUCAUCAAGCAAACAAGCCAAGCUCGCACGGCUUAUCGCACUUGCUUGGAUGCAUCAUUAAGUGCACUAGGAAAUUUGAAGUUAAUAGCUCCUUCAAUUCAAAAAGAUCUUGUCAAUUCUUGUGCUAAAGAAACCAUUGGUCUUAUCUUGAGUGAUGUGAAAGAUAAAUAUUUUUCCAUAAUGGUGGAUGAAGCACGUGAUGUUUCAAUUAAGGAGCAAAUGGCGAUGGUGCUUCGUUAUGUGAAUGACAAAGGACAAAUAAUUGAAAGGUUUGUGGGGGUUCAACAUGUGACCGAUACUACUUCAAGUGCACUAAAGGAAGCCAUUGAUGAAUUCUUUUCUUCCGCGAAUUUGAGCUUUUCCAAGCUACGAGGACAAGGUUAUGAUGGAGCUAGUAAUAUGAGAGGUGAGUUCAAUGGCCUUAAGACAAAGAUUUUGAGAGAACAACCUUGUGCAUUUUAUGUUCAUUGUUUUGCUCAUCAACUUCAACUAGCUCUUGUUGCGGUAGCAAAGAAAAACAUUGAUGUCAACUCUUUUUUCACAACGGCUAAUAGUUUGGUCAAUGUUGUUGGAGCAUCUUGUAAGCGUCGGGAUGCACUUAGAGCACAAUACCAAGAAGAGCUUGUGAGAGCUUUUGAAGAAGAUUGUCUUAUAACGGGGCGGGGCUUAAAUCAAGAAACUACUCUCAAACGUGCCGGCGAUACACGAUGGAACUCACAUUAUGGUACGUUGAUUAGUAUCAUUUCUAUGUUCCCAUCUGUGGUGAAUGUGCUUCAAAUGAUUGUUGAUGAUAAUCCUAAUGAUAGUUCGGGUGAAGCCUAUAAGUUAUGGAGAGAAAUACAAUCUUUUGAGUUUGUGUUUCACUUAUUUUUAAUGAAAGCUAUAUUGGGAAUAACAAACACUUUGUCUCUAGCAUUGCAAAAGAAAGAUCAAGACAUUGUGAGUGCAAUGAGUUUAGUGACAACAUGCAAGGAAAACCUGCAGUUCAUGAGGGAUAAUGAGUUUGAAGAAUUGGUUGAGCAAGCAUCUUUGUUUUGUUACAAACAUGAUAUUAUAGUUCCUACCAUGGAUGAGGAAUAUGUAAUUCCAGGGAGGUCACGGCGUAAUGCUCCAAUGAAGACAAAUUAUCAUCGUUAUCGUGUUGAGAUGUUUAUUCAUGUAAUUGAUGGACAACUUGUGGAACUAAAUGAUCGCUUCAACGAGGUAAAUACUGAGUUACUUACUUGUUUGGCAUGCUUGAGUCCGAAAAAUAACUUUGUAGCUUUUGACAAACGAAAGCUAGUUCGUCUUGCUCAAUUUUAUCCUUAUGAUUUUUCGGAUAGAGACUUAUUGAUGCUUGAAGAUCAACUUGGUGUUUAUGUUCAUCAUAUGCGUUCGAGUAUUGAUUUUUCUCAAUUGGAAGGGAUUAGUAGUCUUGCGGAAAAAAUGGUGGAGAAAGGAAUGCAUGAAAUAUUUCCUUAUGUGUAUUUGCUUCUGACAUUGGCUUUGGUUUUACCGGUUGCAACUGCUUCAGUGGAGAGGGCAUUUUCCGCCAUGAAUAUUAUUAAAAAUCCACUUCGCAACAGAAUGAGAGAUCAAUGGUUGAAUGAUAGCUUGAUUGUUUACAUUGAGAGAGAUGUUUUUGCUUGUAUUGAUAAUGAAACUAUAAUGCAACGUUUUCAGAAUAUGAAAACUCGUCGUGGACAAUUGUAA